AUGUUGCGCUGCACAGCCGGAGUUCAGGCAGCCCUCCUGCUGGGAGGGGCCUCGGCACAGGACCUGUUCGUUCCAAGUCAGCCGGGAACGAAGUUCGGCAAGGAGUACACAGUGGACGAGCGUGGCUUCAAGAUUCGGAGGUACACCGCAAGCAACGACAUGCUGGAAGACAUUCCUGCCAACCGGAGGCUGCACUGGAUCUUCAACAAUUCUUUCGCGGUGGACAUCAAAGACUUCCCCGAGCUCUGCGACUCCAGCAUCGUGGAAGAUACGUGCAAGCUCUUCAACGGGGACACGGAUACCGACUCCAUCAAACCGUCGAAUGUGCAGGGCGUGCUUUCGGCCACCGUCGAGAGCGUUGCGGACCUCUGGGAAGCGGUCGGCCUGCCCAUUCCGGCGAGGUGCAUGGACUUGUGCCACGCGGUGGUGAGCUGGCUUGAGCAGCACGCCCACGUCGUCCCUCCGAAGAGCGACCUCGGGUGUUCCCAGAACGAGAAGACUGGGAAGCACGACUGCGACAUCGACCUAUCCCCCCCUUCUGUCCACGAUUCUGGGGGUUCGUCGGAGACGGAGCUCCCGGUUUUCGACCACGACUUGCUGGACGAGAACAACCAGGACAUUCCUCCCGAUAGUCUGGACGACGAGGAGGAAGACGAAUUUGAGGCAGAUGGGGAAGAUGGUGUCGAGUACGCGAUGAAUGAGAUUGCCGUGGAGAUCGCGCACAUGUUCCGGAUCUAUCCCGAGGUCGUGACUGCAGUCGAGAUCGAAGAGGACCUGCUUGACGACGACGACAGGGCAGAAGAUAAGAAUCUGCGUGGCAGUCCCGAGACUGGGCGCAGGCUUUCUUGGGGCGGAUCCGGCGGGGGCGGGUAUGGUGGAUCUUUCAGGGACAAGAUCCGGAUCACUGAGCAGAAAGCCAUCGCGUACAUCGCUACUGCAGUUCGUGAGUUUAACAGGAAGAACACCAAACGCCACAUGGACAAGUGGUUCGGAAGGAGGGCUUUCAGCGACCCAUCUUCCCGCAAUAGGGUGAAAAAUGUGCUGACGUCCGUCAAUCGUAUGCUCAGCCAUGUCGAGUAUGUGUACCCAGGCCCUGAGUGCUCCCCUAACACGUACGCCUACGUGUACCCCCAGGCUUAUACUUGUGGUUCCAGUGCUGAGUACAAGCGGGAUGCCUGCACGAAGACCCGUGGGGGGAAGUUCGUUUUCUACAUGUGCCAGCUCACGAUGAGGUCGUCCAUCGACGUUCAGAUCGAGACUCUCACACAUGAGGGGUCGCACCACGCGACAGCGUACACUGACGAUGUCUGCAUGGAUUACUCAAACCCGUGCAGUCAAACAGCAUACGGCAGGUCCCCGUGCCAACAGCUGGCGUCGAGGAACCCGACAAAGGCAUUGAAGAACGCCGACAACUACUGCUACUACAUAAAUGACAUCACGGAUGUAGGUCGCUGA